GGCAGGAGCCCACAAUGUGAGAGGAAGAACUGCGAGAAAUGAGGCUAGCAGGGUGGGCAGGGGACAGAGUUGGUGGGUUUUGUAAGCCAUGUUAGGGUCUUUGCACCUUAAUAGCAGCAAAGGGAAUGCACUGAAGGAUUUUUAAGGGGGGGAAAUGGCCUUUAGUGAGAUGACUUUGUCUGCUCUGUAGAUAAUGAAUUGGAGAUCAAGACCAGAGAUUAGGGUACUGAUGAGAAGCAGCUGGAAAAAUCCAGGUAACAGUGUGGUGGCUCAGAAUAUGAUGAUGGCAGCACAGAUGGAGAGUGGGGGUUGGUUAAAAGAGAUAUAUAGGUGAUAGAAUGGAUAGGAUUUGGUGGUUGGUUGGAUUUAGAAAGAGAAGAGGAGUCAAAAAUAGCUCCUUAGUUUCUGGCUUGAGAAAAUGGGUGGAGGGUAGCACCAUUUAUUGAGGCAGGAAACAUAGGAGCAGGUUUGAGAGGGAACAGGCUUUCAGUUUAAGGUGCCUACAAGAUAUUUUAAGAGGCUUUUAGAUAUAGGAGGUGUUGAAUCCAGGAAAAAAGUUUGAAUGUGAGAAUCAUAAAGGGCAGAAGUCUAAGUCACAUAUGAGGAAUUUUAACUAGGUCAAACACAAACAAAAAUUGAUUGAACCAAUGUAUGUCAGUGCCUAUGAUGAGCAAGGCUGUGGGAGACAAGAUUUUUAUUUUUUAUUUAUUUAUUUAUUUAUUUUAUUUAUUUAUUUUUUAUAAAUUUAUUUAUUUUUAUUUUUGGCUGCUUGGGGUGCGCAGGCUUCUCAUUGCGGUGGCUUCUCUUGCUGCAGAGCACGGGCUCUAGAGUGCAGGCUCAAUAGCUGUGGCGCAUGGGCUUAGUUGCUCCGCAGCAUGUGGGAUCUUCCCAGACCAGGGAUCGAUCCCAUGUCCCUUGCAUUGGCAGGUGGAUUCUAAACCACCGUGCCACCAGGGAAGUCCCUAUUUUUUUAUUUUUUUAUUUUUAAUUAAAAAAAUUUUUUUUGGCUGUGCCAUGGCAUGAAAGAAGCAAGAUUUUUAGAUAAGCAGCACCUGUCCUGACAGAGAGUAUAGUGUAGUCAUGGAGGUAGAUGUCUGUUCAGUUAACUGCAGUGCAAGGCACAGUGUGAUAAGCACUAGAGGAGAGCUGCAAGCAAGUAUUGGGGGACCUCAGAAAAGAAAAUGGUUAGGCAGUGGCUUUGUGGAGGAGUGAGCUUUGAGCUGGACCUUGAAGGGAGAAGGAGAUGAGGGAGAAAGGAGUUUUGGGCUUAUGGAAUAACAAAGGUAGAGAAACCUGAAAGUACAUAUUACACGUUCAGAAAUCUAUGGGAGGUUGGUGUGGCUGGAUCUUAAGAUUCUUGGGAUACUAUAGUUGCAGAUGAAACUGGGAAAAUUUGGGGGCCAAAUGAGGGAGAUUUUGAGUGCCAUGUUAAAUGUGUGCAUUAUAGGCAAACAAUUACUGUGGCAGAGCUGAAAUGUGGAUUCUGUCCUCUGAGUACUAGUUACAUAUUCAAACUUGCAUCCAUUGUCUGUCUAAGCACAGUUCAGCACAGUCCUAAUCAUCUUCAAGUACUCACAUAUCUAAGUAAAUAGAGUGUUCUUAUCCAUAGUCUCUUAUGUGACUCUAUCUUUUCAGCUGUGAAGAAUAACAGCUGCAGAAUAACUUGGGGCCCUCUGAGUUUUCAUUGAGAUUGAGAUAAUGCUUUGAGUUACUUUAGAGUCAAGGAGUUUGUGGUACUGGACAGUGGUUUCCCCAACAGCUCUGCAGGGGAGAUGUCAGGCAAGACCCUAUCUCCAUUCAAUAUGAGGCAAAGAGAUAUUAAGACGUUCCUGGAGGUCAUGCAGUUGGAUUCAGCAUUUAUUAAAAAACCACACGAUGCGAACCAUCUUUCUUUUUCCCAUACAACUUAGUUUAGUUAGCAGAUACUUAUUAGUAUCUGCUUAUUAGUAUCUACUCACAAAGGACAGAGCACUUGAUGAGGUAUAAUGGCUGGUUGCAAAGAAAAUAGAUGAUUCUUACUUCCUAGGAGCUUAGUUUGGGAUGGAACUAGUGGUGUGCUGUAAACCAGCUCUCUAGAAGAAAAAAUUUCCUGAUUUGUAAUGUUUGUCAAUUUCUGUGGUGUAUAUUCUCCCAGCAACUGAUUUCAAGCUACCAACUUGAUGUCACUAAACUUGGAGUUGGGAAGCGAUGUGCACAGUUGGUUCUCAGGAGCUGGUAGAGCUGGCUCUAGCAUACCACUGGGUGAAUCACACAUACUAAGAAAACCUACAAUAACAACAGCUCCAGCUAUCUGACUUCAUGUGAAAGAUGGCUAAUGCGGAAGUGAGUGUCCCAGUGGGGGAUGUGGUUGUGGUACCCACUGAAGGAAAUGAAGGGGAGAAUGCUGAAGAUACCAAAACCCAAGUGAUCUUGCAGUUACAGCCUGUACAACAAGGUUUGUUUAUCGAUGGACACUUUUACAACAGGAUUUAUGAAGCCGGAUCCGAGAACAACAGGGCAGUUGUGGCAGUAGAAACUCACACGAUACACAAAAUUGAAGAAGGGAUUGAUGCAAGCACUAUAGAAGCAAAUGAGGAUAUGGAAAUUGCUUACCCCAUAACUUGUGGGGAGAGCAAAGCCAUUCUCCUUUGGAAGAAGUUUGUAUGCCCAGGAAUAAAUGUAAAGUGUGUCAAGUUCAAUGAUCAGUUGAUCAGCCCCAAGCAUUUUGUUCAUCUGGCUGGCAAGUCCACCCUGAAGGACUGGAAGAGAGCUAUUCGUCUGGGUGGAAUCAUGCUCAGGAAAAUGAUGGACUCCGGACAGAUUGAUUUUUACCAACAUGACAAGGUUUGCUCCAAUACCUGCAGAAGCACCAAAUUUGAUCUUCUGAUCAGCAGUGCAAGAGCUCCAGUGCCAGGACAGCAGACAAGUGUGGUGCAGACACCCACGUCGGCUGAUGGUAGCAUCACACAGAUUGCCAUCUCAGAAGAGAGCAUGGAAGAGGCAGGGCUGGAAUGGAACUCGGCUCUCACUGCUGCUGUCACCAUGGCCACAGAGGAGGGCAUGAAGAAAGACUCAGAGGAAAUUUCAGAGGACACUUUGAUGUUCUGGAAAGGAAUAGCUGAUGUAGGACUGAUGGAAGAGGUUGUCUGCAAUAUACAGAAGGAAAUAGAGGAGCUACUCAGGGGAGUUCAGCAGCGGCUUAUCCAGGCUCCCUUCCAAGUCACAGAUGCUGCUGUUCUCAACAAUGUAGCACAUACAUUUGGCCUAAUGGACACAGUCAAGAAGGUUUUGGACAACAGAAGGAACCAAGUAGAGCAGGGAGAAGAGCAAUUUCUCUAUACUCUGACAGACUUGGAACGCCAGUUGGAAGAGCAGAAGAAGCAAGCUCAGGAUCCCAGGCUGAAAUCCCAGACGGUUCAAAAUGUGGUAUUGAUGCCUGUGAGCACCCCUAAGCCUCCCAAAAGGCCCCGGCUCCAGCGGCCAGCCUCUACCACCGUCCUGAGCCCUUCUCCUCCUGUCCAGCAGCCUCAGUUCACAGUCAUCUCACCCAUCACCAUCACCCCCGUGGGUCAGUCAUUUUCCAUGGGCAAUAUUCCAGUGGCCACCCUCAGCCAGGGCUCCAGUCCUGUGACUCUCCACACACUGCCUUCUGGCCCUCAGCUCUUCCGUUAUGCCACAGUGGUCUCAUCUGCCAAGAGCAGCUCACCAGACACAGUGACCAUCCACCCUUCAUCUAGCCUGGCGCUGCUAAGCUCCACCGCCAUGCAGGAUGGGACUACCCUGGGCAACAUGACCACCAUGGUGAGCCCUGUGGAGUUGGUGGCCAUGGAGUCUGGCCUGACCUCAGCCAUCCAGGCUGUUGAAAGCACCUCAGAGGAUGGGCAGACCAUCAUUGAGAUUGACCCAGCCCCAGACCCAGAGGCUGAGGAUGCUGAGGGCAAAGCAGUCAUUUUGGAGACAGAACUGAGGACUGAGGAGAAAGUCAUGGCUGAGAUGGAAGAACACCAGCAUCAAGUCCACAAUGUGGAGAUUGUGGUCUUAGAGGAUUAAGUGGGGGUCUCGGGGCCAGGAGAUAUGUUUUGGUUUGGAAUUUUAAUUAUUUGUUUAUUUUUAUCAUUGUCCCACUCAUUUCCACAUAGGAUCCUUUUUUUUAAAAAACAAAAUCUUGUUGUUGUAACUGAACAGGUUGGGUCCCUUCCACCCCCUCAUUGAAAAAUGGACAAAACAAGCUGCCCUUCCGGAAGUUGAGAGUAGGUCACUCAAUGUCCUAAUCCUCUUACACCAAGAAAGUUAUUUCUUUUAGGGGAGGCAUCAAGAUAACCAGAAACCCUAUCCAGAAGGCCCUUUCCAGGCUAGUCUGUCUGUGUACACAUGUGGUUUUGUUCUCAUAAAGGUGCAUUGACCAAACCAGGGAACACAAAUCUGACCCUGGAAGGCAACCCACUCACACGUGGAUGCAGAAGGAGACUUUAUUUUGUAUCCUGGAAGGGGCCCUCAGAGGCCAAUGCAAAAGUCUGAAACAAAAGUAAGUUGCACUCUGCUUGGAGGGGAAGGUAGCGUACCAGCAGCAGCUUAAAAAGGGAAGUGCUUUGGCCAGGAUGGGGCAAGGAAGUUAUCUUACUUCCAGAAGUGCAACUGAUGCCUCUUAAUAUCUCUGAGGGUUACUAUCAUGGGUGCCGUUUUGAGGCAAGGCCAGUGUUAAGAAGAAGGGUACAUUUCCACCAAGCAAGUGGCGUCAGAGGCCUGUGGCUUGGCAGAAAUCCAGAGACGUCACAGCUGUGCUUUGGGGUUCAGGUUCACCUUGCCCCCCACUUUGUCAAAACAUUUACCCUCCUAGUCCAUUCAUUUGCAAACUGUGUGAUGUGUAAAUUGCUGUGAUUCUUGGACUGUGGCUGUUCUCGGGGUGGGGCUCCAAGGCCAUCAUUUUUAUUGCAUGACUCCAGGAGCAGGAGAGUUCCUCAUCCAGACCAGCUGCCCUUUUUUGUGGGGCCCUUUUUUGGCUUUGGAACCAAAAGCAGCCACUCAUUUGGUGCUUCCUCUGUUCUACCCUCCGUCCCUCAGUGGUUAAUGGCGUCUGUCUCCUGGAUCCCACGCUCUUCAGAUUUUUGGCUGAUUCAGAGAACAGUGACAGGUGCCUGCCUGCCUUCAUCCCCUUUUAGAUUCAUGUGUACCAUUGAUACCACAGAUGUUUCUGUGAGAUAUUGAGCUCAUAAAAAAACCUUAGGUUUGGCAGGGAAGACUCAACACCCCACCCCAUCCUGCGGCACCGAGUAGAUGUCACCUCCUGAGCGAGCUGGACUCCCUGGGAAAGAAGCAUUGUCUGCAACAUUAUAUUAUAGGAAAUGUACCAGGAAUGUAAUAAUAAUAUCUUUGGGGGGGGGGGUUAUUUUGUUUUCUCUUUUUUUUUUAUGUUUUUGUAUAUUUAGAGAUGGGCCCAUUUUCCGUGCUGUGAUUCCUUCUCUUUGACCAUCUUCAGUGUCUGGGGCAAGAGCGGAGCCUGUUUUUUGUUUCUUUGAUUGCAUUGUUUACUGCACUAGGAAAAAUAUAGGGAAACUGCAGACAAUUUAAAAGAAAAAUAGGUCAAAAAAGAAAGCAUACACUUCAGGAGUGGGAGAGUCUUUUUUUUUUUAAAUUAAAUACAAAACUUUGACCUGUAGUUUCCUUUUUUUUUGAAGGCACCCACCUGAAGCUAUGUUUCUUCCAACAGAUGUUGGAAACCCUGUUGUUAAGCAAGUGAAAACUGCGUCCUGCCAUCCCUCAGAUAGCUGUGUAUAGCUAGAGAAGCCCUCUAACUUGAAAGGGUCAAUCUUAAAAGCCUUAUGGGUGAGAUUUCUGAACCCCAUACAGUUGUGCUUUUCAGCUUUAAGAUUGGGGUUUUAUUUUUCUUUUCAAAAUAUUUAAUAGACAUAGCAAUCAGUUUAGAACAAACCUUUGGCCCUUUAUAUAUCUUUAGUGAGGGAAGUGGCUUUUAUUUCUUGCUUCUUUAGGUUUUCUGUUGGUACAUAAACAAAAACAAAAUUUCUGCCUAAGCCUAAAACUGCUACUUGAACCUAGAAAGGCACAUGUCACCCCUAUUGCGGUUUUUAGGGACACUUUUAUCUUUCCCAGAGACAAGAGGCUCAAAUCAGGACAGAGGAGGAGCCCUGGAGAACACCUGCCCACUAGCUCAGGUUCCUUUCUUUCCUCCGUCAGAGCUGUUGGUAGUGUUUUAAAGUAGUGUGAGCGUCAUGCUUCCAAAGUCAAGAGAUCACCUCCUAAAGACAGAGCCUGUUUACUUUCACUAUCUGAAUAUUCCAACUGGUGGAAAUACAUGAGCUUUGUUGUUUUCCUGGUCUUCCAGUAGCCUGUCAUUAUUGCUAGAUGCUAUGUACCCAUUCUUGAGUGUGGGUUUCCUCACAGCCCUGGUCUAGAUCUCAGAUGGGGUGAGGCACAUGCAAGCCACUGGUAUGUACACAGCAGUUGCAAUGAAUCAUUCCUCAGGCUGAGUUGGCAGUAGCCAUCUAAUCUUUCUGUUCAUUCAUUAAAUAAACAUUUGUAAGUACCAUCUAUGUGCCAGGCUUUGUGCUAGGCACUGGCAGUACAGAGAUGAAGGCUCAGUCCAUGCACCCAAGGGAUUCAUUCUCCAGAGGUGGUCUGGAGUUAAGAACUAUAUUUCAAUAUAAUAAUUGGUUUCCUUUGUAAUGCUAUGUAUUUUAUUUCAUGCAUUGAUAAACAUUGUUCCGAGUGUUGGUC